AUGGAUGAAAUCGGUGCAAAACAGUUCGACGAACUUCGCGAUCGACGAAGUCAACAAGCCGGAAGUGACGACGGUUUACGAAGGACAUCUCGGACCCGGAAGGUGCCGCGUGAGUACGCAGAAUAUUUAAAUGAAAUACAUUCCAAAGGACUAAAGCAUGAAUUAUUAAAACUUUCGCAAAUUAUUGAAGUAUCUACAGAGUCUUUAAAAACUUAUGAUUAUAGUAAUAUUGAGACUACAGAAAUUGAAAAAACUUUGGACACUAUACAUUCAAAGUGGGUUAAGUACCUCAAAGUACAUGAAGAUUAUUCUCAGCUGAUUAAUAACACGCGUGACUUGGAGCGUCUUAGCAUCCAACGUCAAAGUCUCGAACGAAAAAUAAAUGAAUGUAAUCAACUAGCUAUUGGUCAACUUAACAAGAGCAUUCGCAGUUUACAGAGAGACUCAAAGUUUGAGAAUGGUCUUCACCUUAAGGAUGAUGAUAAACUUUCUGUGUCAGUACAAAGUAGUGUUUCCAUGUCAAGGUCGUCAAAGAGUAGACGUUCAGGGGGGUCCUCUGUGUCGUCUAGGGUGAAGACGGCGGCUCGUUCAGCAGAAUUAGCAAGGUUGAAACUAGAGCAGGCAGAGAGAAGAGCAAAAGCAAAGGAAAAACAAAUGCAAGAACAGAUAGAACGUGAGUUACAAGAUUUACGGGACCAAGCAGAGUAUUCUCAGUUAGAAGCCGAACUUUUGGCAGCCGAUCAGGCAGACGAAAGAUAUAGUGACUGCGGAAGCAUGCGUAGUUUAUCAAAGGUUGUAGCUGGUAACAGGGUUAAUAUGAAGGUAGAAGUAAAAAAUUCGACACCACAGGACAGAGCUUUCUACAAGACAGAUCACCCCUCAACUCGGCCUGAGUUAGUCAAAUCGCCACCCGAAUCAGUGGUCGAUAGCAAGCAAGGGAUUGCGUCCCUUUCUGAGAAAUGCAAUGACACGGAGCCAUCUUCACCCGAGUUUAAACCAAGCGUUGACAAAACUAAACCUGAUUUAACAACUACAUUACUCGAAAUGAAUCAGCAAUUGGUUAGUGCCAUGAAGCAGGGAACAGAAACAACCACUGUUAUGAAAGCCAUGUUACAGCGGCAAGGGAUUCCGAAACCCCAGCCAAUGAAAUUUAGAGGUGACCCUGCUCAGUUUCCUGUUUUUAAGAAGCGGGUGGAGGUUUGGUUAAACGAAAGAGAGUUUGAUGAAAGAGAAAAAAUAACUCGUCUUCUCAGUUUCGUAGAAGGUGAUGCUAGAGACGCAAUUGAACAUUGUGAACUGAAAUCAAACAGUUUUAGUCAAGCCAUGAAAAUAUUAGAGUCUCAGUAUGGUCAUCCUUCUAGCGUAGUCAAGGCAUCCCUAAAACGAGUCACGGUGGGUCCUCGCAUUGAAAGGGGAGACAACAACUCUCUCGCUAAGCUCAGAAAUAAUUUACGUUCCUGUUUAGAAGUCUUAAAGGACAAUGAGAAUUACAAACACGAAAUUAAUGCAUCAUCUAACGUUGAAAGAGUUGUUGAUCGUUUGCCAAUGCACAUGCAGAUAGAAUGGGUAAAGAAACUUCCGAAAAUUCGUGAUGAAACCAAAUUGAACCCCACAUUACAGCAUGUUCUAGAGCUAGUAGAAAGACAACUCAGAAUCAUGAACGAUCCCCAGUAUGGACACAUUUUGACUACAAAGAGGAAACCAAUUGACCCCAAGAACAGGCUACCGAAGCCAUCACCUAAACCACCACUUCAGAAUCAGAUCUCGACGUUGACAACAAACCUCGAAAACUCCGGCUUUUGUCCGUGUUGCAAGGGUAAACAUUCACUCACAAACUGUGACUCCUUUGUUAAGAAAACAUCUGAAGAGCGAUGGGAAAUCGUAAAGAAUUUAAAGCUUUGCCAUUUAUGCCUUGCGUCGGGACACAUGAAGGCCCAGUGUAUAUCAACCACCAUUUGUAAAUGUAAAGCUACCUACAAGCAUCACCCACUCCUUCAUCGAAGAAUUUCGCCACCAAAGGAUAACUCUAAAUUCCAGUCUAAUGAUCGUGAAUCCUCCAAUACCACUCAAAGACAACCAGAGAAAGACAAAGAGAAACCAGAAACAGCUGGAUCUGAAUCACCCAAAUCCAAAUUUGGAAAGGACAGUCAACAAGAUUCGAUGGCAUCUUAUACGACAAUGACGCAAGGAAAGGAAAAUCACGUACUUUUACACGUUGUACCUGUUAAAGUGUUAACGAAGGAUGGAAACUCGGUCACGACAUAUGGACUACUUGACAAUGCAAGCCGUGGAACUAUAGUUGAUGCGAAAUUGGCAGAGAAACUGAACGUGAAAGGAACUAAACAGUCAAUCGCCGUUACAACAGUGCUUGGAACACAGGAAUGCGAAUUUGAAUCAGUGUCCCUUUUGCUUCAGGCUGCAGAAGCCGCAGAUUCUGACCCAAUAUUGGAAGUGAGCGAAGGACUAGUGAAGGAGCUUGACAUGAAUGAAAGAAUUCUCCCAAAUGAGAUUGACUGUCAAGGAUAUGAGCAUUUGGCUGAUAUAACGAUGCCUGAAGUCGAACUUAAGCGUAUUUCUAUAAUCAUCGGGGAAGAUGUAAAGGGAGCACAUAUUGUGCGCGAAGUUAGGGUAUCCGAAACCUCGGAAUGUGAGCUGUAUGCAACCAGAACAGCGCUUGGUUGGACUGUUGCUGGUAGUGUGAAUACGACUAACGCUGGUCAGAAAGAGUUAUCAGUGAACUUUCUUGAUACCACCAAUCAGAUGCUCAAUCGACAAGUAGAGAAAUUUUGGGAAAUCGAAACAUCAGGAUUGAGGGAGAACGAUUUGAGGAAGGCUGCAUCAGUUGAAGAUCGUCGAGCCGAGAAUAUUCUUCAAAGAAGCACAAAACUUGUAGACGGACAUUAUGAAACAGAAUUAUUGUGGAAGGACGCUU